AUGAAACGCACUAUGAUUGGCGAUAAAGGCACAGGAGAGCCUAUUGUUUCUGCAUUGAAUUUUCAAGAGCAUCAAGAUAGCAGCUGGCUUAAUAUCGACUAUUUCCCUGACAAUAGUAGCAUCGAGGACAAGUCCGGGUUUGGUGGUGCUAAAGACGGUCAGGCUGAAAACGGACUUCAAAAGAUGGGCCACAAUCUUGAUUGGGAUAAGGACGGGCCUAGAGACGGAAAUAGGGAAAAGCAUAGUAGGGGAGACGUUAUCGCGGAUCCAGAGAUGGAUGGCAUUGGGGUGGACGGCGGAGGGUCCUAUGGCAAGGACGAUCCCAGGGUUGGGGUUAGCGGUGAUGCUGAAGGAGAGCAGAGCUCGUCCGACGCCCAAGCCUUCCAGGCUCUAGUGUACCCCUCUCCUCACGUGGCCCGCAGAGGUCGUAGUAGACCUCGCCGUAGCCGACCUGCGAUUACGGUAAAGAACGCCAUUUGGGAGGUCACCAAAAUUGCUGGAGAUGAACAGUCGAGCGUAGGGCGGCUCUUUAAGGUUUAG